AUGGCCGCCGCUCGCUCCGCUUUCGCCUCGUUGGCCCGUGUCCAGGCCGCCAACCGAUCUGGUCUCCGAUCGCUCUCCACCACCACAGCUGCCAAGCAGCCCUCGCGUCUCCUCGAAAAGGCAACAUCGUCCCCCGUCGCAAGCUCGUCUCGUCUCACCACCAACCCUGCCGCACUCACCGCCUUCAUCCCCUCCAGCACCCGCAAUGCUUCCACCGACGGCAAGCCCCAGGAGAUGACUGUUCGUGAUGCCUUGAACUCGGCCAUGGAGGAGGAGAUGCUCCGCGACGACAAGGUCUUCAUCCUCGGUGAGGAGGUUGCCCGCUACAACGGUGCUUACAAGAUCACUCGUGGUCUCCUCGACAAGUUCGGCGAGAAGCGUGUCAUCGACACUCCCAUUACCGAGUCCGGUUUCGCUGGUUUGGCGGUCGGUGCUGCUCUUUCCGGCCUUCGACCCGUCUGCGAGUUCAUGACAUUCAACUUUGCCAUGCAGGCCAUUGACCAGAUCAUCAACUCUGGUGCCAAGACCUACUACAUGUCCGGUGGUAACGUGCCUUGUCCUGUCGUCUUCCGUGGUCCCAACGGUGCUGCCGCUGGUGUCGGUGCCCAGCACUCGCAGGACUACGCUGCCUGGUACGGCUCCAUCCCCGGUCUCAAGACCAUUUCGCCUUGGUCCGCAGAGGACUGCCGUGGUCUGCUCAAGUCGGCCAUCCGCGACCCCAACCCGACUGUCUUCCUCGAGAACGAGAUCCUCUACGGUCAGCUCUUCCAGAUCUCUCAAGAGGCGCUUUCGGAUGACUUCACCAUCCCCAUCGGUAAGGCCAAGAUCGAGCGACCAGGAAAGGAUAUCACCAUUGUCUCGCACUCGAUCGGCAUGAACUACGCCAUGGAGGCCGCCGAGAUUCUCAAGAAGGAGGAGGGUGUCGAGGCAGAGGUCAUCAACCUCCGAACCAUUGCUCCCAUGGACGUCGACACUAUCAUCGAGUCGGUCAAGAAGACCAACCGCAUCGUCACUGUCGAGAGCGGCUUCCCUCAGUUCUCGGUCGGCGCUGAGAUUGCUACCACCGUCAACGACUUCGCUUUCGACCACCUCGACGCUCCCGUUGAGCGUGUCACUGGUGCUGCCGUGCCCACCCCAUACGCAGCCAACCUCGAGAAGCUCUCGUUCCCCGACACUCCCAUCGUCGUCCGUGCUGCCAAGCGCGCUCUGUACAAGUAG